AUGGGGGCUGUUUUGUCUCUGUCCACUGUGUCCAUCUUCCUCUACCACAGAGAGACUCCUGUCAUAAAGGCCAGUAACUUUGACCUCAGCUGCCUCUUGUUGUUCUCACUCUUUCUUUGCUUCCUCUGCCCCCUCACCUUCAUCGGCAGGCCCACUGUUUGGACCUGCAUGUUGCGACACACGGCCUUCGGGGUAACCUUUGCCCUCUGCAUGUCCUGUGUUCUGGGGAAAACCAUUGUGGUAGUGAUGGCCUUCAAGAUCAGCCACCUUUCAACGUGUGCCUGUUUAAGUGAUAGACGUAUAUAUCCAACAUUUUUUAGGACUGUUCCCAGUGAUCAGUUUCAAAUUUCGGCUUUGGUACAGCUCAUGAAACAUUUUGGCUGGCAGUGGUUAGGAAUAAUUCACAGUGAUGAGGUAUAUUCAUCUGAUGGUGUAGCUGAGUUCAUUAAGCAAGGAAAAGCUGAGGGUAUCUGUGUGGAAUAUGUAAUUUUCUACAAUAGGUUUAAUACAGAGAUAGAACAUAUUGUUACAGAGCAACUGAAAUCCUCCACAUCAAGCGUAGUCCUGCUAUUCAUGUCAUUAUCCCACACGAGGCAGUUAUUUAAAAAAGUCGACGGGAAUAAGUUGCCUCGUAAACAAUGGAUAGGUAGUGAAGAUUGGAUCUCACAGGUAGAAUUGGCUUCCCUUGGAAGUAAGAACGUCUUACAUGGGGCAAUGGGGUUUGCUCUGCCUCAGUCUAUUAUUCCAGGUCUUGUUGAGUUUAUACUGAGCUUGAAACCGAGUGAUGAACCAGAGAGUGUUAUGAUCAAAGCUUUUUGGGAAAGUUUCUUUGAGUGUAGCUUCUCUCCAUCAAAUAGCAGAAAGCUCUGUACUGGGGAUGAGGAUCUGAGAACAAUAACUAGUGCCUACACAAACAGAGAAGUAAGAUCUGUGAGAAAUGUGUACACAGCUGUGUACUCGAUUGCACAUGCUCUUAAUUCAUUAUUGCAAUGUGAAAAUGGAUUGAAUCCCACCACAGGAAAACACUGUGUAAACAAGACUGAUGUCCAGCCCAAACAGGUACUGGAACACCUUAAGCUGGUGGAUUUCACCGUACUGAAUGGUCACAAGGUAUCUUUUGAUGAAAACGGAGACAGUGUGGCUCAGUAUGACCUGUUAAAUUGGCAGUACAAAGAAGAUGAUUCUGUCUCUGUGAACGUCAUAAAAAUUGGGCAUUAUGAUAGCUCUUUUCCUGAAGGACACAGAUUUAGGUUUACACCUAAUACAACAAUCGUAUGGGCCUUUAACAGUACUGAGCCUCCAAAGUCUGUUUGCCAGGAUGCAUGCCCUGCCGGAAGUCGCAAGGCCACUAACAAGCGAGCACCCGUGUGUUGCUUUGAUUGCUUUGAAUGCCCGGAGGGAGGCAUAAGUAAUGAGACAGAUUCAUCAGACUGCUUUUUGUGUACGGUUGAAUUCUGGCCAAAUGAAAAAAAGGACAAGUGCAUUCAAAAACCAACUGAAUUCCUUUCCUUCACAGAAAUCAUGGGGAUUGUAUUAUCUGUGUUUUGUUGCUUUGGUGUAUUUUUGUCAAUUUUAAUAUUCAUAAUUUUCUUAGUUCAUAAAGAGACACCUAUUGUCAGGGCCAACAACUCUGAGCUGAGUUUCCUGCUGCUUCUCUCUUUAAAACUGUGUUUCCUAUGUUCUCUGACCUUCAUCGUCCGUCCCUCAGACUGGUCCUGUAUGCUUCGCCACACAGCGUUUGGGAUCACCUUUGUCCUCUGUAUCUCUUGUGUUCUGGGGAAAACGAUAGUGGUGUUGAUGGCCUUCAGGGCUACACUACCCAGCAGUAAUGUUAUGAAAUGGUUUGGUCCAACUCAGCAGAGACUCAGCGUAUUGGCUUUCACUCUCAUACAGGUUGUGAUAUGUUUGCUUUGGUUAACAAUCAACCCUCCCUAUCCCUUUAAGAAUAUGGAAACCUAUAUGGAUAAGAUCCUUCUAGAAUGUGCCUUAGGAUCCGCUAUAGGGUUUUGGGCUGUGUUGGGGUACAUAGGAGUCCUAGCUAUGUUAUGUUUCAUACUGGCUUUUCUAGCCAGAAAGCUGCCAGAUAGUUUCAAUGAGGCGAAGUUCAUCACCUUCAGCAUGGUGAUAUUCUGUGCAGUUUGGAUCACAUUUAUUCCUGCUUACGUCAGUUCUCCUGGGAAGUUUACUGUGGCUGUGGAGAUAUUUGCAAUUCUGGCUUCCACCUUUGGCUUGUUAAUAUGCAUAUUUGUACCAAAAUGCUAUAUCAUUAUUUUCAAGCCAGAACAAAAUUCAAAAAAGCAUAUCAAGAGUAAGAUGCAAAGCAAAGGAAUCUAA